AUGCUUAAUAUCUGCCAGCAUGAGAAUCAGAGUCUAAGCGCUCUGCUCGAUGAGGCGACAGUAUGCGUGCUUCUAAGGGCUUUAGAAAUACCACCUGGAAUAAAACGUACUCUAAGACUGGAACUGAUUGAAAUCGGUAAACCAGAAAGAUCGGAAACGGAUCCACGGGACCAUGAGGGAGAUCCGGAUAAGAGGUCCGAGUCGGAUUAG